CUUUGCUGUAUCUUCUGGUUUCAUCAUAAGCCUUGAAUUUCUCGUUCGGUAUUCUGACCUCAGCCGGGAUCUUGCAAAUCGUUUCUUUCACGUGAUCUGAUUAAGCGAUCCAAAAUUUUGCCGUUGCUCACGUCUUCUCAUCCUCACCACUCGACUUCAACAAGAUGUCUACCAGCGGUCUGAAGGCCAUCGCCCCGGUCCCCACAGCGGCGGAUUUCUUGGACAUCGUUUUGUCCAAGACUCAAAGGAAGACCCCAACGGUCAUCCACAAGAACUUCAAAAUCAGCCGUAUCCGUAAUUUCUACAUGCGAAAAGUCAAGUUCACGCAAGACUCGUUCGAUGAAAAGCUCAGUGCCAUUCUGGACGACUUCCCGAUGCUCGACGAUAUUCAUCCUUUCCUCUCCUCACUCAUGAAUGUUCUGUACGAUAAGAACCAUUACAAGCUUGCUCUUGGUCAGCUUCGUACGGCACGACAUUUGAUCGACCAAGUCGCCAAAGAUUAUGUGCGGUUACUAAAGUUUGGCGAUUCGUUGUAUCGAUGCAAGCAGCUUAAGAAAGCUGCUCUCGGUCGUAUGGCUACUAUCAUGCGCCGACAAAAAGACCCCCUAGCCUAUCUAGAGCAAGUUCGCCAACAUAUAUCUCGUUUACCUGCCAUCGACCCCAACACAAGAACACUCAUUAUAUGCGGGUAUCCUAACGUUGGAAAGUCUUCAUUCAUCAAUAAAGUUACCCGGGCCGAUGUCGACGUCCAACCAUAUGCAUUCACCACCAAAUCUCUCUUCGUUGGACACUUGGACUACAAGUACUUGCGGUGGCAAGUCAUCGACACCCCUGGUAUAUUGGAUCACCCGCUCGAAGAAAUGAACACGAUCGAGAUGCAGAGUAUUACUGCUCUGGCGCAUCUCAAAAGCUGCGUCCUCUACUUCAUGGAUCUGAGCGAACAGUGCGGAUACACGGUCGAGGCACAAUGUAAACUAUUCCACUCCAUCAAACCGCUUUUCGCCAAUAAGCCGACGAUGCUCGUCAUGAACAAGAUCGAUGUAACCCGUCUGGAAGAUCUCAGCUUCGACUCGCGGGCGCUUGUUCAAGAGAUCAUCGACAGCGAAGACGUCGUCUCCGUGCAGGUCUCGUGUUACUCAGAUGAGGGUGUCAUGGACCUGAAGACCAAAGCUUGCGACGCUUUGCUCGCUCACCGAGUCGAGAGUAAAGUGAACGGCACAAAGAUCAACUCGGUGAUAAAUCGUAUCCACGUGGCGCUUCCGAAACCCAGGGACGAGGUUAUACGCGCCCCGUUCAUUCCAGAGGCCAUCAAAGAACGCAAGAAGUACGACAAGGAAGACCCGGAGAGGCGUAUACUAUUGCGGGAUACCGAGGCUACUGAGGGUGGAGCAGGAGUGUUCAACAUUGAUCUCAAACGCGACUACCUACUUGCGAACCAGGACUGGAAAUACGACGUCAUUCCCGAGAUUAUGGAUGGCAAAAACAUCGCAGAUUUCAUCGACCCCGAUAUUGCCGAGAAACUCGAGGCGUUGGAGCGCGAAGAAGAACGAUUGGAGGCAGAGGGUUUCUACAACAGCGAUGAGGAGAUGGACGAUUCUGAAGACGAUCGUGAACGUAUCGCAGCUCGGAUUGCCCUCUCUCACAAAAUUCACUCGCAGAGCAUCAAAAAGAGCAAGAAGAACCAAGCUCGACUGCCACGAUCUGCUGGCCUGUCAACAUUGUCGCAAAUGACAACGAGUCUGACAAAGGCGGGUCUCGAUCCGAGUCGGAUUGUGGAGCGCGCCGCUGCUUUGUCCGGCAAGCGGAAACGGGACACCGACGAUGUCGAAAUGGGAGAUGCUGACGACGGGGAGGCUGAGGAUUGGAUGGAUGUCGACGGGAACGAACCUUCGUCAUCGACAAAGCGACUGAAGACAAACGCCGGGGCUGUUGUCAGUAAACGCGAGCCCAGAGCUAACCGUUCCUUGGCUGGGCUGCGUGAUCAGACGCAAGCCUCCCAAGCCGUCAAGCUGCGUAACCUCGGGCAGCGACCCCGCAACAUGCUUGCGAAGGCGGGAGAGGGCGAUCGUGCAAUCACAACCAAAAUGCCUAAACAUCUCUUUGCUGGCAAAAGAAAGGCAGGAAAAACUCAAAGGAGAUAAUCUUUGGACUCGGUCCUUGAUCUUUAUUGAUAUCUGUUCCUUUAUCUGUCUUCAUUUAGCAUGUGACAUGCUAUCAGUACAUUCAUCAUCAAUUGUUAUCAUCGCAGAAAGUGUUCUGGAUGGUACACACAGCCUGGGAUCCUACUCAAAAAGCUGAUUUAUCUUAACUUUCUUUCACAAAUAUAAAACUCAAAACAAUUGUAAUGAAUAUGUGACUCUAUUAGA